GAGGAGGCAGAGGGAGGCGGAGGAGGAGCCCCCCAGGAGCAAACAGCCAGCGGACUGCCCGCGGCCUUCUGACCAAUAUUGGAGCAGAGCCCCGAGGCUCCGGCCCCCUACGUCCCCCCGAGCCCACAGGGCCUGGAGGGGGACAACCAGUUCCCUACACCCCGCAUCUCACAAACCUCUGCGGACAGACCCGACGGCAGAGAGGUGAGGAUGGGGAGCCCUGAAGAUGAUCUCAUUGGGAUUCCCUUCCCAGACCACAGCAGUGAGCUCCUCAGCUGUCUGAAUGAGCAGCGCCAGCUGGGCCAGCUGUGUGAUCUCACAAUCCGAACCCAAGGCCUAGAAUACCGAACCCAUCGGGCUGUGCUGGCUGCCUGCAGCCACUACUUUAAGAAACUGUUCACUGAGGGAGGUGGGGGCACAGGUGCUAGUGGUGGCAUGGCUGCCUCCUCAGGUGCCGGCGUCUGUGAACUGGACUUUGUGGGCCCAGAAGCACUGGGAGCCCUGCUGGAGUUUGCCUACACGGCCACCCUCACCACCAGUAGCGCCAACAUGCCUGCUGUCCUCCAGGCAGCUAGACUGCUGGAGAUCCCCUGUGUCAUUGCUGCCUGUGUUGAAAUCCUGCAGGGGAGCGGGCUGGAGGCCCCUGGUCCUGAUGAAGAUGACUGUGAGAGAGCCCGCCAGUACCUGGAGGCCUUUGCUACUGUGGGCAGUCGGGUGCCCAAUGGUGAUGACAGUCCACUACCAGCCCCUCUUCCACCACCCCCACCCCCAACACGGCCUGUUCCCCGAAGAAGCCGAAAGCCCCGAAAAGCCUUUUUGCAAACAAAGAGGCCUCAAACCAACCAUCUGAUGUCUGAUGUGGCUGCCAUCCCCCCCCACCCCUUUACCUACCCAGAUGAGGAAGAGGCAGCAAGUGGCAUCAGCCUAGGGGAUGGCUAUAGCCCCCCUGGUGGGGCCAGGUCACCCCCCGAGGGGCACCUGGGCUAUGAAGGAUAUGAUGGGGAGGAAGAAGAGGAAGAUCUAGUAUACCCACCAACCUAUGGGCUGGCUCAGAGUGGGGCACCCCCCUUGUCCCCUGAAGAGUUGGGCUCAGAUGAGGAUGCCAUUGACCCUGACCUGAUGGCCUAUCUGAGUUCCCUGAACCACGAAGCCCUCACGCCAGGGAUAGAUGGCCAGGACAAGCUGGUACGCAAGCGUCGUUCCCAGAUGCCCCAGGAAUGUCCAGUUUGCCACAAGAUCAUUCACGGGGCAGGCAAGCUACCCCGACACAUGCGGACCCACACCGGUGAGAAGCCUUUUGCCUGUGAGGUCUGUGGCGUCAGGUUCACCAGGAAUGACAAGCUGAAGAUACACAUGAGGAAGCACACUGGUGAGCGGCCAUACUCAUGCCCACACUGCCCAGCGCGCUUCCUCCAUAGCUAUGACCUCAAGAACCACAUGCACCUGCACACAGGCGACCGGCCCUUUGAAUGCCACCUGUGCCACAAGGCCUUCGCCAAGGAGGACCACCUGCAGCGUCACCUGAAGGGCCAGAACUGCCUGGAGGUCCGGACCCGAAGACGAAGAAAAGAUGAUGCACCCCCCCACUAUCCCCCACCCCAGGCGCCCACCCCAGCUGGCCCUGGCCUUGACCUUUCCAACGGGCACCUGGAUGACUUCCGCCUCUCCCUGGCGCGUUUCUGGGAGCAGCCAGCCAGGGCUGGGCCUCCUCCUCCACCCCCAGGGCCUCCUGAAGAAGAUGAGGAGGAGGGGGCACCAACCACACCCCAGGCUGAGGGUGCCAUAGAAUCCUCUUAAAUGAGAAAAGGAGCUGGACUAGGGUGGAGUCCCAGGGUGGGCACAAAUGCCAAGGAAUAUGAGGGCUGUGGAGCACAGACUGCACUGUGGGGCAGGGGAACUUUGCCUUCAAGGGUACCAGACCCGCUCCUCCUCUGUACCUUGGCAGCUCUGGGCUAGUCCCACAUACAGGGAAAAGUUUGGGCUCUCCCCCAGAUUGGGGCAGACUCCCUCCCACCAAGGGGUGAUGAAUAUAUAUAUGUAUAUAUACAUAUAUAAUAUUUUGUAUAUAUAUAUAUAAAUAUAUAUACAUA